AUGUGGUUGCUGGCAAAGUGCCUGGUGAAGUUUGGAGACAAGUUGAAGCCCCUCAGAGUGUACAGCCGACAACUGGAGAUGGCGGAGUACCCUUACCCAGGGAGUGUCCUUCAGCUCUCUCCCAGGUCACUUCGCCAUGAGCGGUCCAAGGCAGAACUCCGAGAUAUUACCUUGCAUCAUCGCAUACGGGAAGAACAAAAUCCACAUUCCACGGCAAUAAAAGAGUUUGACCACAGAAUAAAGCUAGCAAUAGAAUCAAAGGGAGAGGAGUUGACAGAAGAAGAAGUUGAGGACUACAAAAGUCUUCUGAAUAAAGCUCGUGUGCAUGAGCUGCAGAGGCACGAUGUCAUUCUGUGCACCUGUACAACAGCCUCUUCUCCUAACCUCACUAAAACAGUCAGUGCACGCCAGAUUCUUAUUGAUGAAUGUGCCAUGGCAACAGAACCUCAGGCCCUCAUCCCAUUGGUCAGCAACAAACCAGAAAAGAUUGUGUUGCUCGGUGACCACAAACAGCUACGUCCCAUCGUUAAGAAUGAACUUCUGAGGAAGUUGGGGAUGUCAAAGUCUCUGUUUCAGCGUUACUUUGAGUGCCGGUCCCAGACAGUGAUGCUGGAUACCCAGUACAGAAUGCAUGAAGAUAUAUGCAAGUUCCCAUCGGAGGAAUAUUAUGGAGGAAAACUGAAGACUGAAGUGAAUCCCUCAAGCAGUGUCCUUCAGGCUGGCAGCCAACAGACGCACAUUGUUUUCGGGAACGUCAUUGGAGAGGAGGUCAGCCUGGUUGUGAGCACAGAAAAGGGAAGUGAAAACUCCAAAGCGAAUAGGGCGGAGAGAGAUGUAGUGAUCCGGCUCGCCAAAGUACUGGUAAAAGAAUCCAAAAUAAAACAACAGAAUAUUGCAAUUCUAUCACCCUACAACGCCCAGGUGUCUGAACUUAAGAAAGAACUUCAUGGACUCAAAAUGGACAAAAUCACUGUCACCACCAUCACAAAAAGUCAAGGAUGUGAAUGGAGCUACGUCAUUCUGUCCACUGUGCGCUCAUUACCCAGCAAGGAGAUCGAGAUCCAGCCGGACAGGGCCUGGAGGUCUAAACAUGUGGGCUUUGUUGGCGACCCCAACCAGAUCAACGUGGGCAUCACCAGGGCCAAAGAGGGACUGUGCAUUAUCGGUAACCAAGAGUUGUUGAGCCGCAGUGGCGCUUGGAGACAGCUCCUCAGACAUUAUAGAGCAAGGAACUUUGUCACAGAAGCUGACAUGAUCUCUGUGCGCAAAGCAUCCUGUAAGCACAGUCUACAUUGAAAGACAUGGUCUCGGCACCAGAUCAGUGCACUAUGAAUAGUCAAAUUAAAAGUAGUUUUCAGAGACAAAUGUAUUAUGUGCUUUUAAUUUCUAUAUUGCAAUGUUGAAUCAAAUUAGUUAUAAUCUGUACUCACUGUCAUUUUUAAGUGACCUCUUAUGGCUGCAAGCCCGAGGUCGGUACACCUAUGACAACAUCCCCCACUCCCCCCACACUG